CGUAAUGCUGUUGUUUUAAACAGACGCCCAUAGGUCACGUGCUUUAUGAUCUCAUUACGAGCGAACGUGCGAGUGACACUCGAGUUGGCUGUUUUGCAUGGACGCUCGACCUGUUCCAUCAAAUUCUGCACCCAAACACUUACCACAAAGGACAGGUCUUAGAAACCCCUUUUUGUCAGGCAAUAGCGUAACAGGAUUCUUCAGAAUUCCAGCUUUCCGAAAAUAACAUCAUGACUUCAGGAAUGGCUCAAACCGUCUGUGGACUACUUCAGCCUCAGAAACUUGGGCGCACUUUGACGCAUGAGCAUAUGGUCAUGGAUUAUAAGAGCUGCUACUUCAAGCCAAGCCGUGAACAAGAUCUUCAUCUUUGCAGCAAAAAAGAGAUCACCAUGCAGAACCUGUACUGGCUAAGACAAAACCCUUACAGUAAUGCCUUUAACUUAAGUCUUGGCGAUGAGCCCCUUGAAGAAAUCAUCGCUGAAGUGGCAGAGUUUAAAAAAGAGGGUGGUUCAACCAUUGUUGAUAACACAACUUAUGGAAUUAUGAGAAAUGUUGAGGCUCUAAAGAAGAUCUCCAUGGCAACAGAUGUCAAUAUUAUCUGUGGGACUGGUUAUUAUCUUGACCACACCCUACCACCUGAGAUUAAGAAUGCUCCAAUAGAGGAGCUGACUCAGAAAAUGGUUAAUGAAUUGACAGUAGGUGUGGAAGGAACUAACAUCAAGUGUGGAGUCAUUGGAGAGGUAGGGUGCUCAUGGCCACUCACCCCAAUUGAAAAGAAAUCCCUUCAGGCAUCUGCCGCUGCCCAAGCAGAGACCGGGGCCCCUUUGAUCAUUCACCCAGGCCGUGACGAGAGUGCACCAGAGGAAAUCAUCCGGAUCCUUCAAGAGGCUGGUGGUGAUAUAAGUAGAACUGUCAUGUCUCAUACUGACCGCACAAUAUUCAACCGGAGCAAACUAGUGGAGUUGGCAGCCACAGGUUGUUAUGUUGAGUGGGAUCUCUUUGGAAUGGAGACUCUAUUCUACCAGGCAAACCUUGCAUCCGACAUGCCAUCUGAUUCACAGAGAAUCCAAGACAUCAAGUUCUUACUUGAUGAAGGAUAUGAAGACAAGAUUGUGAUUGCUCAUGAUAUCCACACAAGGCAUAGGCUCAAGAAGUAUGGUGGCCAUGGGUAUGCGCAUAUCAUGGUCGAUAUUGUCCCUAAGAUGCUGAUGAGGGGAGUCACACAGGAGCAGAUUGACAAGAUACAGAUUGCCAACCCAAGAACCUGGCUGACAUUUAAGUAGCAAGGUCAUCAUGUUGAACCUGUUGGAUCUGUAAGAACCUUGUUGACAUCCCAGUGCCAUAAUGCCUAUUAAGGGCCAGGGAGGCCUUCCCCCUAGUUUUAUUAUCGAAUAAUUAGGAAAUGACCACACAGUUUUCUUAAUGUUUCUUUUAUCAUGCGCCCGUAGUAUGUAAAUGUCUGUUAUGGCCCUGCAUUUAAGUAGCUGUUAGGCAACCAGUUCAUGAGGUGCUUUAUAAGAAACAGAUGAGAAUUAACAUACAUCUCUAACCUCUUGUUGAACCAGCUGGGGGGGGUCAUUUCUAAUAAUAAUAAAUCUCAAAAAGCCAUGAUAGCCAUGAAAGGCAUUAGAAUGAUAAUUUAGUCCAUUGGCGGAAAUCAGUGCUUAUAAACUAUGUAAUUAUUAUUAUUUUUAUUUUUAUUAUAUUUAUUAUAAUAUCCCCCCUCAAAAAAUGCUCAUAGCUACGUAGCACCCUCUUCUCCCAGUGAAACUGGAAAUAAGUAAUUAAGCCUGUCACCCCGAACAUGACAAUAUUUUCUUAUUCGCCUGAAAUGUAUAAUGUAUCUAAAAUGUGGUGACAGAUGAAAGAGUAAAUACAUCACCGCCUUCUGUACUCCAAAGGCAAUCUUUUCUCAUUGUCUGAUAUAUAUCUAAGAUGUGAUGGUAGAAAAUAAAUACAUGGGUGAAUACAAUA